AGCCGAGAUCGUCUGCCCGGUCAGUCAGUGCGGUGAUACGCGGUGAGACGGUUGACACAGUUACUUCAAUUGACACUUAUCGGAAACUUAAACCAUCGCGUUUUUACACUGUCUCAUUUUGAUUUCUUUGUUGUUGAGUAAAAGUGAUUUUUAAAUAAAAUGCCGCAGCAGACUCCUGAUUUUGGCCACGACGUGACCUCCAUCAGGGAAUGGCUGACCAAGGAGCCCCAUCUGCCCCAAGAUUUCAGUGACCUGAUGAUUAGAAAAUUCCUGCACAGCUGCUACGGCAGCCUGGAGCGGACCAAGAAAUGCAUCGACCGCUUCUGCACCACACGGGGAGUCAUGAGCGAGAUCUAUACCGACAGGGACCCCUGCUCCAACAAGCUGAAGUCCGCCUUCGAUAUCACGACCGUGGCAACAUUCAUGGCGGGCGACCAGGAGAUCCUCAUCCACCAGUUGGACGACCCGACGCUGGAGCGGUUCGUGUUUUACGACCUCAUCAAGGCGUUCUCACUGCAGGCCGACUUCUGGAUCAAUGACCUGGAGAACUAUCCCGAGGGACACAUCAUCAUCAUGGACAUUAAGGACUAUAGUCUGAGAAUGCUGCCCAAAUGUAAUAUAAUGUUCUUUAGGGAUUUUCUACUUUUUUUACUGGAAGCCAUGCCAGUCCGAGUGAAGUCCGUGAACGUGAUCAACUACCCGUCGUACUACGAAAAACUGUUCGCGCUAGUCAAGCCCGUACUGCCGGCAUACAUCAUUGAUGUUAUCAAGUUCCACCCAGACCAGAGCAGCUUGCACAAGAGCAUCAGCAAGCAAUACCUGCCGUCGGAGUACGGCGGCGAGGCGGGCAGCAUGCGGGCGCAGCACUGCGAUUUCGUCAAGAAUAUACAAGACAAAAGAGAUUAUUACAAGAAUGACAACCUCUGGAAGGCUGACCUGAAGAAGAAACCGAAAGGAAUUGAGAGCGCCAUGACUGGAUCAUUCAAGACACUGUCUAUUGACUAGGCUUCAGACGUUUCUCAGCUACAUAUAGAUACAUAAGAUUCCCAUGAUUAUGAAAUACCAUCAUAAUGUCCAAAGGCCAACUGCAGUGAAAAGUUAAACGAGUCGCUUAACUUCAUACUCGGAUAAAUCCAAUCUAUCCGCAUAGGAAAUUACCUUACUUUUUCUUAACACCAAAAUCCUAAAAUCUCACAGAUUUGUCCUAGUUUGAAGUUAAGUGACUCAAAUUACCUACAUAAAACGGACAAAAAGCAGUGUUAGCCGAAAUGUUAAUGCAAAAGUCCAUUACAAAUUGAACCGCAAACUGUAACCGUACGUUACGGUUUGCGGUUCAAUUUGUAAUGGUUAUUGCUCAAUUGCGAUUAACGUUCGGCCAACACUGACAAAAAUAUAUUGUAUAACGUCCCAAAAGUUAACAUUUUGAGAAAAUACCAAUGUCAAAGUACAAUUACUUACACUGUUUUGCGUCCUGGGAUUUAAAUUUAAAUGUUAUUGUUAUAUAGAGUGAUUUAUGAACUCUAGAUUUAGUUCACUUGUCCUUAAACUAUGACUGUUAAUGCGAUACGCGUUAGAAUAUGUAAGUAAUUUUUUUACUUAAAAUUUUUAAUUACAUUAGUCUGGUUUGUAAUCAUUAUUAGGAUGUAAUAAAAAAACAACUGGUACUUACUCGUAGUUGUGUUUCGGUGUUGUAGUACUUGUAAUUAUUACUUAUUUUGAGCUUCCUUGAAAAAAAGUUAGUUUUGUUGUUUUUGUGAGUUUCAUGGUCAGGCCUCUGGCCGUUAGGUACAUAGGCAUACUUGGUAUGUACUAUUAAGUUGACUGUAUCAAACCAAAAUUUAACAUAUUGUUUCACACCAGUGUUGUAAAUUCGGCUUUUUUUAGAUUUUGAUGAAUAAUCGACAAUCUGACUUUUGAAAAUAAGUAAUUUCAGGUAACUAGGUAGUUGGUAUAGAAGUUGCACAAUAAUUGUACACUGAAGGUAGUUCAAACCAAGGAGAAUUGAUUGUAACAGAGAGAUAAAGUGUGUUUAAUUUGUUAAAUAUCAAAAAGUGGCGCCAUCUUACCGGGCACAGACACAACCUAAAGGUUAUGGCGCCAUCGCUCGAAACGAUGCUGCUUUUGGCCUUUGAUCAUUAAAUGGCGCCACUUUUUGAUAUUUUUUUUAAACACAUCAGUAAAAGAAUAAGAAUCAUGUGUCGAAAGAUGGCAGUAAAUUGACUGUGGCUAUAAAGUUUUUUUUUUUGACAAUCCACCUCUAUUUCAAAUUCUCUUCGAUUUUACGCAUAUUACUCAAUCAAUGUAUCUUUGGCUCAAACACACAAAAAAUCAGUUUCAUUCAGCCAAGCCUUCAACCAGCCCCAGCUGACUAUCAUAACUUCUUACCGACCACCCGAUAUAUUAGUUAAACGGUAUUAGAUUAAUUAAAAAUAUUACCUAUGUAGGUACGUAGUUUCGAAUGCAUGAAACUGACGUAUAAAGAUGAGGUUGAGGUUUCUUCAACUGGUUGUGAAUUUAUUUUUAAUUUAGUUUAAGGAAAUAUCAGCAGUAAACCAUGUGCCUGAAUAUAUCAUCUGAAUCAUUAAGAUGCCUCGUUAAUUCAUAGUGAAGUAUCUCUUUAUUUUAUUUUGCAGUAGUUCGUACAAACGGAGUUACGUUCUCAUUUAAAAACUACGUGUUGGAUUGUAAUGAAACUUUGCACAUACAAUGACAUAAGGUAUAUCUAUGCCUGUUAUUCAUUUAUAUAGCUUCAGCUUAUAAAACAAACGAAAUAGAGCAUAAACAAGUUCAGUAAAAAACUAGACCUAUCUUGGAUCUACUGGUUGGAUCUAUCGAGAAUGAAGGAAAACUUCGCUGUAUUUUUUUUAACUAUGGUAUCUGAAACUACAUAAACUAAUUACAGGCAUUGAUAUACCUUAUCUUGUUGUAAGUACAAAGUUUCAGAGCUAUCUAGAUAGCUAGUCGUUUUAAAAUGAGAGUAGCGUAACUAAGUUUGUAUGGAGAACCGAGCAAACUUCUUAAUACUAUAUGAUUCCUACUUAUAUAUGGGCCAACAAGAACAUUGAUUGAUUGAUUGAUUUGAAACAGCAGCCAAAUAACACUAGACCCUACUCAUAGUGUUGUGUUCUUGCCGCUGAGUAAGGUUGCCAGAGCUCAACGAGGGGGGGGGGGGGGGUAAGGGUCGGCAACGCGCAUGUAACUCCUCUGGAGUUGCAGGCGUACAUGGGCUACGGAGACUUGUUUGCCACCGAGAUAGAAUAAAAAAAAAUGAUUAUGGGAAAACGUCAUUGUUACCAUAAUUUAGAUCUAGCAAUUCAAUUUUCUGUUUCAGAAAAAAAAAUUGCAGCGCUUAGCAAACAAAGGUCAAUUAUCUGUAUUGCAAAUUACUAGAUACUUAGAUUAACUACCGUAGUUACUUAGUUGUUUCAACUGUUGUGAAGGAUAGAAUAAAGAUACGUGCGCUUUCCUAUGUCUAUAUUCUAUCCUGUGCUUUUUCACUACGAUAUUUCAUGGGACUAUUGAAAUUAUAAAAGAUGCCCCGAAUAUUAGUCUUGGCCGAAUACUGAAUAUCGGCCGAGGCGCCAAAUAUCCGGCGCUUGACUUGCGAAUAUUUUAAGUCAUAAUAUAAUUAUUAUGAAAACUGCUCGCCAACAAAGCCCAACGUUUGCUAUUGAUAUUAAUGUAGUUAGAGUCAAUCAAAUCAGACCCAUUUUAAAAAUAAAAUAUUUUGUAAUAAAAGAGGGUCUUCGUAUUUAAUUAAUUUCCAAGAAUUCAUCCUAAAUAUUAAAUGUACCUAGUUUUUGGUUAGGUAUUUUUACUUUAUAAUUUUUCUUUUUAGGUAGGUGCAACAGAUAUUCGGAAUUCGGCCGAAUAGUAGGCAACGUUCGGCUAAAUCCCGAAUUUCGGCAAAGUGGCCGAAUAGGUCGAAUGCCGAAUAGUUGCCGAAUAUUCAUGGCAUCUCUAAAUAAAAUGGUCAAUCCGAUGGGAUCAUUGGUCAAAUCAUCCUCCUUCUCAAAAUCGUCCUCAUGAAAUAAAACUAUGUCGACGGAUAAUAUCGUGCUUACUAAAUUUAAAAUACAUCCCGAUGUUUCGAAACCUGCAGUGUUCGUGUCAAUAAGAGACUGAGGAAAAAAUACAUAUUAAAUUCAUUAUACUUAAUAUAAUCCGUUUACUUAGUAUUAUUGGUGAAACCUAUUAAAAAGCAAAGCUAUUUUAUUCUUUGUUGCUCUAACAUCCACUGUUAAAAAUAAACAUAACAGUAUUUUCGUAAAUAGGAGGUCAGCCACACCGAACGAAUGGCCAAACGAGUUUUUUGGCCUCAAUCAGGUGACCUGGCGCCGUCGCGACUUAUCAAUUCUAGCCUCAGACUGUGUCCAUUAUAUUAUACAUUUUAUAAAUAAAAUAAGACUUCAAAUGUCAUUCUCCAGAUUUGUGCCUGCGUCUAAACUCCGUCAAACCAUACUAAAUGUAUGAAAAGUUUGACUGAGUUGAGUCUGACAGCAGUCAUAUAAUUUGAGAAUGACCAACCGAGUAUCAUGGCUGCUUGAGAGGAAACCUGACAGAUUUGAACCACGCAUUGUUGGGGUCAAAAGGGAAAUUUUUUAACAUCGAUCGACAAGAUCUUUUUAAUUUUUAAACUUUAUAAAAUCAAUAAGGCAUUUUCCGCUGAGUCAUGAUAAAAACAUGUAAAAUAAUGCAUAAUCUCUGGAAAAUAUCUAACUUCAAAAGACAUUAUUAUUUCGUAGUUAUGAUCUUAUCAUAAAUGUAGGAUAGAUGGAAUAAACGAUUAAAAUCCUUCGGGUGCGAACGAGUAUAGUCACAUCUGAAAAUAUCGCUACAUAGUCUCAAAAUAUGUAUACACGACCUUAUCGACCAUAUUAAGGUGUAUACAUAUUUUUGGCACUAUAUCGUCCUUAUCAAUAUUUUCAGACGUGACCGUACCUACCAAUAAUCAACUAAAAAUAAAGGAGGAUCUAUUUUUUAAGCAUCUUUCACCAAAUAGACGGAUCCAAUGGUAAUAAAUGUGUGUAUAUGCAGUGUAGACUUUUACACCUUCUUAAUAAAAAGACACCAUAAAUUCACAA